CAUUUCAGAGAUCGCAGCCCCAAACCGAGAGGUGCAUUUGGGCACCAGGGCAGGGCAAGGCAGAGGAGCUAGGAAGCUAGAAGAGCUGCUGCCCACAAAAAUCCCAACAUGAGGCUCCUUCUCAGCCUGUUCCCCCUGGGAUGGUGGCUGACCAGGCAGAGGUGGAUGGCUGAAGGACAGUAUCAUUCCCAGUAUCAUUCCGCACCUUCCAUCUCAGUGAAUCCCAGCAAUGUGAUUGCCACUGGAGAGAACGUGAGCAUCAGUUGCAAGAAGGAAUGGCACCAAAGAAUAACAAUAACUUUCACUCUGUGGAAACAAAGAAAUACCUACGACACCAUUCGUACAGACAGCAAUGAGGCUGAAUUUCAUAUUGUCAAUGCCCAAAUACCAAAUUCAGGGGAAUACGCUUGUGAGUUUCACAAAAAACUCUCAGAACUCGCUGUCGAGGAAGCCCCUGAUGAAGUUUCUUAUGCUGCAAUAAACCACAGCUCACUGAAGACCAGAUCAACAGCCCUUCCUAAUACAGCCCCUGAACCCUGUGUCUAUGCAGCAGUGUCUGACAAUAGAACUAAGGAGAUCCAAGCUAAUGAUUUCAAUGCUGGGAUCUAUCUAUGUCAGUAUUGCUUGAAAUCAGGAUUGGCAGCUGAUGAGCUUUGCUCAGACUACAGUGACCACACCUACAUCAGCGUGACAGAUCACAGCCUCACCAAAUCCUUCAUCAAGAUGAAACCAAGAGAAGAGAUUUCUCAAGGGCUGAACAUCACCAUCGAGUGCCAAGGACCAGGGAAAGAUGUGACCUUCUUGCUAUUCAAAUCAAACAACUUGAUAGCAUCACAAAAAGCAAAACCAGGAACAAACUCAACGGAAUUCCCUUUAUCGAUGGUGAGGGUGAAGGAUGCUGGGAACUACACCUGUCGAUACCACCUAUGAAGUCCCUUUGUGUGGUCAGAGCCAAGUGAGCCGGUUGAGUUGGUUGUGACAGGACAAUAUUACAGGAAGCCUUCCAUCUCUGUGAGACCCAGCAAUGUGGUCCCCUUGGGGAAAGCAUUUUCCAUCAGCUGCAAGAGUGAACUGUACACAGGAGCCGAGUUCUAUCUAUACAGAAGUCAGUCACCUAGGCAUGUGAGAGCACCUCAGAAGGCGCAGUACUACGAAACUUUAUUUCAUUUCACUGAUGCUAACCCACAACAUGGGGAAAUAUACCAUUGCAUAUAUUGCUUCUCAACUGUUACACAAUCCAUCUGCUCAAAUCCUAGUGAUACAGUAAAGAUCACAAUAACAGGACAGCCUUAUCCCAAACCUUCCAUCUCAGUGAGUCCAAGAAACAUGAUCACUGUGGGGGGAAAUGUCAUCAUCCACUGUAAAAAUGAAAAGUUUCUUCAAGCAGAGUUCUAUUUAUUCAAAGAAGAAGCUUCAUCUGAGUCUCUUCACCGUAUUCUGAAGACAUCUUGGAAAGAAGCUACAUUCCCUUUUAUCGGGGUUAAUAAACUGAAUGGAGGACUCUACCGAUGUAACUAUUGCUACAAGUCGACUUAUUAUGAAUUAUGUUCAAAUUACAGUGACCAAGUACCUAUCAGUAUAAGAGAUCCCAGUCUCCCCAAACCGUCCAUCCUGGUGAAACCCAGAGAAAGAAUUACUCCAGGACAGAAUAUCACCAUUGAGUGCCAAGGCCCGAAGAGUGAUCUGAACUUCUCCCUACACAAGGAUAACAGGGACCUGCUAGCAUCACAGAUUACAGUGUCAGACAAGAACUCAACUGAAUUCCCCUUCUUUAUGUUGGGCUUUGAAAAUACAGGAAACUACACCUGUCAGUAUAAUUCAAUGGAAUAUCCUUUUGUGUGGUCAGAGCCAAGUGACCCUGUGGAGUUGUUAGUGAGAGAAGAUACAUUUCCAGAAUCCAUGACACUAAUCUGGGUGAGCAUUACUUCAGGUGUUGUCUUGCUUCUCAUCCUCCUCCUGUUGAUCUUUCUCCUGUACCAGAAAAGGAGGAAAGAUUCUAUUGCUGAUGAAAGAAAGGAACCAGUCGAUCCAUCCCAAGAUGUCUACGCUGAAGUAACUCCCAAUGAAAUCACCUAUGCUGAACUGAAUCAUGACUCAUUCCAGACCAAGCAAGAGACCGAUCCUGACGAAGUCACUAAACCAUGUGUCUAUGCUUUAAUAGCCCCACAUAAAGUCCAUUGGAAUUAA